CGUCAUCGUAGUACGUACUUUCCACGCCAUUCAAUCUCAAAAGCCCAGCCCCAAUUUCUUCGUUUGUUUAACCCUAGCUCUGUCGAAUACAAUUUACACAUAAAAUCCCCAAAUAUAUCUUUUCUCCGUAGCAAUCGCAUAUGUUUUCGUCAUUCGAUCGAGGAUUUAUUUGAAUUUGUUUCGAAUUCCCGAAUUUUCUUCUACUCGAUUCGAUAUCGGAUUCUCAGUUAGGAAUUUGCUUAAAUUUAUGAUGUUCAUAAUUUCUCUAUUCUCAACUGCUACGGUUUCUUCAAUCAUCCUCGUCAAUAGUCUCCGUGUUUUUGGUCCUGGUUUGAAUCCUCUCGCUCCUUACAAUAUGGCUAAUUACUUCACUUCUCGUUAAUUCAAAUUCCCUGUGUCUUCUUCUACUUUCAAUUAUUGAGUUAUUCGUCUGAAAGUUGCUUUAUUUGAGUAAUUUAUCCGAAAAAUCAUGCAAUACAGUUGAUUUUCUUGACUGGGUUCAUCGAUUUUCAGCCUUAGGUUUUCACUUGGUUGUUUGAUUGAUUGAAAGGGGGAUUUUGCGUUGUUAGGAGAAAAAAUAUUGGUUUAGAGUUUCAUCAAUUGGUGAUAUUUUCCCUAGGAAAGGGUUGUGUUGUCUAUUAAUCAUGUUACUUACAACUCGAGAAGAUGAUUUGGGGUUUAAUAGGCGAAGAUUGUCGAGGAGACGAUCAAUUCGGUUGGGUUUUGAUACUGAUGAUAGGGGCUGGACUCCGCUUCACAUCGGUGCUCGCAAGGGUGAUGUUAAAGAGGUCAAACGAUUGCUUAAUGAUGGGAUGGAUGCAAAUGUAGCUGCAUGGGGUACCAAAUUACAGGGUGUCACCCCUCUACACCUGGCUGCUGAAGGAGGUCAUCUUAGAGUCAUGGACGUGCUACUUGAAAGGGGUGCGAACAUUGAUGCCAGAACCAGGGGUCCAUGUCGCUGGACACCCCUUCACCUAGCUGCAAAGGAAAGGAAUAGGGAAGCAGUUAAAUUUCUGGUUGAAAAUGGUGCUUUCCUGCCCCCAGAUAUCAAUGACAGUCGAUUCAACCCUCCAGUUCAUUAUUGCCCUGGCCUCGAAUGGGCUUAUGAUGAGCUCAAGCGUUUGCAGGACAGCUCGUCAUCUUCUAGUGAGGCUUCAUCAUACAGCUCUGAAAACUGACACUGUCGCUCUCGCCCAUUUUUAAAUACAUUUCAGUUUAUGCUGUGGAAUAUGGUGUGGGCUUCGGAGUUCUUCUCCUUGUGUUGUGAUGAUGGAGCCAUGGGCUUGUGCUUCAAAAGUAGUUUCAUGUAUAAAUAAUUCUUGCUUGCUGUGUGAUUUCCUUGUUUCAUGUAUGAUUUGAAUACUUGAGUCAUGUUACAUAUCAUGGACUGCUUUUGUGUAAAUCACUCCCAUAUGAUAUGCUAUGUUUAUUUCAGCGGCAACAAUUUUCCAUUA